CAGUAUUCGUAUUUAUGUCAAAGUAAUGGCGCGUUGUUGUCGUUUCUUUACAGUGCCCGAUUGCGAAGCUCUAAAACGGGGAUUUAAAAAAUUUUUUUCUACGUAAUGACAUAGGAAUUCGAAACGAAUUAUUUAUUGUGCGUCCCGGGAUUGAGAGGUUUCUGAAAAAUUAGGGACAAGUUUCUAUUUUUAACUCUUCAUCCCGUACCUAUUUAUUUAUCGAUAAUAAAGUAUUAAUCACUGCCAUCCGUUGUCGAGAAUUCGGAAGGCUCGUUGAUUUAUUAAUAAGGAAUGUAGAUUAAUAUCAGUAGGAUUAAGACAAUUCAAUUUGGGCACCAUAAUAUACAGUAUGCCCCGAGAUGAGGUUCACACUAUCCGUACUCCAAAUGCAACCUUUUAGUAUUUCUUUAAAAUGCAAGGAUUUCAAUUACAUUUGAAGAAAACCAUCGAAAUGUUGAUUGGAUUUACAGUUUCGGAACAAGUAUAGCAAACUUCCUCUCGGGAGAUACUGUUCGUACAAAAUUGAUUACAACUUCAAAAUAAUGAAAAGUGUCGUUUUGGCCAGUUUUCGUAUGAAGUGAACCUUUCAACUUAUCCAUAGAGGUGUCGGUGCAUUCAAUAUUGUGUCGUUUUCCAAUCUCCAUCAAUGUAACGGCAGAAAUAAAGACCAGAGACUGGUGAGUGGAAUUAUCGCUAGUUCAAAAGCAAAAUCUAGCCAUGGAACCUUCGGUUCAAGUUAAAGUAAAUGCUUUACAAUCCAAUAAGAAAGACUACUGGAGAUCAUUGGUGGCGUAUUGGAUUUUGGGACUUUGCAAUAAUUAUGGAUACGUCGUCAUGCUCUCCGCUGCCAAUGACAUCUUGCACCAGCAGACAGAGCGCAACUCUACAUCUACAUUAAACGGAGGCAACACUGAUAGAGAUUGCAACUACAUUUCAACAGGAGCAAUUUUAUUGGCCGAUAUCUUACCUUCUCUAUUGAUUAAAAUUAUCGCUCCUUUUUUACCUUUCUUUAUUCAUAUACGAGUACUGAUUUGCGUGAUGGUUGCUUCCAUGGGAUUUAUAUUGGUAGCGUUUAGUGAAACCCAAUGGAUGUCCAUUACGGGAGUAGUUUUUACGGCGCUUUGUUCGGGACUGGGUGAAGCUUCUUUGUUGCAAUAUAGCUCGUUCUAUGACAAAGACGUCAUUUCAACUUGGUCUUCAGGAACAGGCGGAGCUGGAAUAGCUGGAGCGCUAUCGUAUGCCACACUGAAUGCGUUGGGCAUCCGAACCACCCUACUCAUAAUGCUAGUAGUACCUGUUACAAUGGCAAUAUCAUUUUGGAUAAUUUUGCCUAGGCCGCAGGUUAUUGCCGUAGGAGAUACAAAUACCUUACAAGAACUCCCAUUUAAAGAAAAAGUACGAAUACUUCCAUCGUUAUUCAAGUUCAUGAUCCCUAUUGGACUAGUCUACUUAUUUGAAUAUUUUAUAAAUCAAGGAAUGUAUGAACUUAUCAAUUUCGAAGGCAUCUUCCUUAACAAAGCUGAACAGUAUAGAUGGUUACAAGUUGAUUAUCAAAUUGGCGUAUUUAUUUCCAGAUCAUCUGUUAAUAUUUUUCACAUUCGGAAAAUUUGGUUGAUGUCAGUCUUUCAACUCAUUAAUGUGGCUUUUUUCACAACGGAAGCCAUAUUUUAUUACAUCCCCAGCUUUUGGAUCGUAUUAGCCUUAACUUUUUGGGAAGGAUUGCUAGGGGGAGCAGCAUACGUUAACACCUUCUACAAAAUUUCGAAUGAAACACCAGAAGAACACAAGCAGUUUUCGUUAGGUGCUACCAGUUUUGCGGAUGCCGUUGGAAUUACAUUAGCCGGCAUUAUCGCUAUAUCUGCUCACAAUAGCAUAUGUUCGCUACCAAAACCUCAACGACUGUCUACUUAGUACUGUAUGUACUUAUGUAAAUAGAUCCAAAUAGUAGAAUUGUAUAAAACAUGUACAUCAUGCGCGGUAAUACAUUUUUGAACCGUUAAAA